AUGGCAAGCAUUUUCUCAUCACCGCUUCCAUUGACAGACCACAAUUUUGUAGAACCUCGCAAGAUGAUCAGACAGCAUAGUGACAUUGACGUUUGGGUAGAGUCUAAGGCAUUUGCACGAUUUUUGAUGUUCAUCAAAUUGCUAAAUGAAAGCAUUCUCAACAAGAAGAUCUCGGAUCCAUGCACCGUUUCUGAGACAACUCAGAAACUCGUGGACAUUCUAGAGCAGUUAUCGAAUUGGAUAGAUGAGAUCCCCCCAUUACCAACCCCGCAACGGUUUGGAAACAAGGCAUUUCGUGACUGGAUUGCUCGCUUAGAGAAUAAUGCAGUUGAGAUACAUAAAAAUCUCCUUUUACCUCAAUGGCAUGAUGCUAUAGUUGAACUGGUACCACUGUUUAAUGGAAGUUUUGGUCAUGGAAUACGCAUUGAUUACGGCAGUGGUCAUGAACUAAACUUUGUUACGUGGUUGUGUUGUCUUACUCUUUUGGGUGUUUUUACACAAGAGGAUUAUCAUGCUCUGAUCUUGAGAAUAUUUUCAAAAUAUCUGGAUCUUGUGAGAAAACUGCAAAUUGUUUACAAUCUUGAACCAGCCGGAAGCCACGGUGUGUGGGGACUAGAUGAUCAUCAGUUUCUCUCGUACUAUUGGGGAAGUGCUCAGUUAAGAGAUCACCAACGUCUCAAACCCAAGUCGAUUAUCAAUAAAGAGUUUGUAGAAAUGUUUGCUGACGAUUACAUGUAUUUUGGAUGCAUUAAACAUAUUAACAAGAUAAAAAGAGGACCUUUUCAUGAGCACUCGCCUAUACUCUAUGACAUCUCAGGAGUGCAAUCAUGGCAAAAGGUUAAUUCUGGGUUAUUGAAGAUGUAUGUUGCCGAUGUUCUCAAGAAAUUUCCUAUAGUUCAACACUUACUAUUCGGUACUCUUCUUCCGUUCGAGCCUAACCAAGACUAG